CUUCCAGUCUCUGCUCUCCGUUCUGACAGCAGCGGGUCUUCAUCACGCCAAGCCAGGACUAAGACUGGUUCUGACUCUAGGCGGGGCUAGGCCUAAAGCCUCCAAGGGAGGGGGCAAAAUUAGAGGUGUGAGAAAAGAAAGGAGGAGGGGGGCAUUAGUUUCUUGGACAAGUCUUUCUGCCCCACUGUCAGGUAGUUGAGACUCCCUUUGCCCAAACCGGUGGUAGACAUGGACAUGGCAGACUACAGCGAGGCUCUGGACCCGGCCUACACCACGCUGGAGUUUGAAAACAUGCAAGUGCUCCCCUUGGGUGCAGAUUCCUCGCCGGCUGAAAGUGCUAACAUGAACGCCACGGGCCACCUGGCAGCAGGCAGCUUGUGCGCCAUAUGUGGUGACAGAGCAACGGGGAAGCACUACGGGGCGUCCAGCUGCGAUGGCUGCAAGGGCUUCUUCAGGCGCAGCGUCCGCAAGAACCACAUGUACUCUUGCAGGUUUAACAGACAGUGCAUUGUAGACAAAGACAAGAGAAACCAAUGCAGAUACUGCAGAUUGAAGAAAUGCUUCAGAGCUGGCAUGAAGAAGGAAGCUGUACAGAACGAGAGAGACAGAAUCAGCACCAGGCGGUCCAGCUAUGAAGACAGCAGUCUCCCGUCUAUCAACGCACUCAUCCAGGCAGACGUUCUAUCAAGACAGAUCACGUCGCCUGCGCCCAUACUGAACGGUGACAUAAGGACCAAAAAGAUUGCCACCAUCACGGACGUCUGUGAGUCCAUGAAGCAGCAGCUGCUGGUUCUGGUGGAGUGGGCUAAGUACAUCCCAGCUUUCUGCGACCUUCCCCUGGACGACCAGGUGGCGCUGCUGCGAGCUCAUGCAGGAGAGCAUCUGUUGCUUGGUGCGGCCAAGAGGUCCAUGCUCUACAAAGACAUCCUCUUAUUAGGAAAUGAUCACAUUAUUCCCAGAAACUGUCCAGAGUUGGAGGUGGGAAGGGUAGCAGUGAGGAUUCUGGAUGAGCUGGUGCUUCCCUUUCAAGAGCUCCAGAUAGACGACAACGAAUACGCCUGCCUGAAGGCCAUCGUUUUCUUCGAUCCAGAUGCAAAAGGCCUGAGUGACCCAGGGAAGAUCAAGCGGAUGCGGUACCAGGUCCAGGUCAGCCUGGAGGACUACAUCAACGACCGGCAGUACGACUCCCGGGGCCGCUUCGGGGAACUCCUCUUGCUCCUGCCGACGCUACAGAGCAUCACCUGGCAGAUGAUCGAGCAGAUCCAGUUUGUAAAACUCUUUGGCAUGGCCAAGAUUGACAAUCUGCUGCAAGAAAUGCUUCUUGGAGGUUCGGCUAACGAAGCUCCACAUGCGCCGCACUCUCUGCACCCUCAUCUGGUCCAGGAGCAUCUCAGUAGCAACGUCAUAGUGACCAGCAACAUGCCAACGCCAAUCCACAAUGGUCAAAUCUCCACUCCUGAAACCCCGAUCCCGUCCCCGCCCACCGCCUCUGGAUCAGAACAUUACAAAAUACCCCAGGGCGUCAUAGCGACGGUGCCCAAGCAGCCGACCUCCAUCCCUCAGCCGACCAUCACAAAGCAAGAGGCCAUAUAACAAAAGCUUGAAUCCUUCUUCUUUCUGUUUUUUUAUAUUGUGAAAAGUUCAUACAGUCUGCAUUAACAUGCUGUCAAAUUCAAAGUUGCUAAAUAAAUGUAAUGUAAUUUCAAGCUCCUUAUAAAUAGCCUUCAGGGACAUAUUUGUAUAUAAAACGCAGCUGCGGUUGAGCUCCACGGCUCAUAAAUCUACCUGCAACGUAAUUUUCCACUGCUGUAAACGUUCCUCGUUAUCAGGUAACAUUGCGCAAAAACACUGAAUCUUACCAAGUAUUUUAGCUACUUUUAGUGCAAACAUCUUAUCAUACUUAAAAACUUAAACGUAAUCUUUUAGGAGUUUGUUCUAAGUCAAUUCCUAAGUAUUGAUGAAAAAGUAUUAGUUCAACUAAGAAGGUUUUUCUAACUUCUAAAAAUACAUUUUCAAGUGAAAUAAUACGCCAGUGAAACUGAAUUUUUAUCAAUAUUAAGGAAUUAUUGAUUUAAAACAAGCUUUUAUAUCUUGCAGAAAAGUUGCAUUGAAGUUAAUACACUUGAAAUAAAACAAAGCUAAGAUAUUUGCACUAGAAAACAAAUCAGAAAUACUUUGAGAUUUGGUGUUUUUGCUGCUAAUGAUUUUCCAAUUAGUAAUUAUAAUAGUUCACAGCAAAAAAACUAAAUCUUACCAAGUACUUUUGGUUUAAUUUUUAGUACAAAUAUCUUAGCACACUUGAAGUGAGACAAGAUAACUUAGAAGUAACUUUUCAGCAAAAUUUCUUCUACUAGCUGAUUAUUUUAUUUACAACAGAACAUUUUUCCUGUGAAAUAAUCUGCUAGUGGAGCCAGUAUUCUACAUCAAUAUUCAAGAAUUACUGAAUCAAAACAAGUUCUUUUCAAUAUGUUUAGUUAGUUUUGUCUUAUUUCAAGUGCAGUAAGAUAUUUUAAAUAAAAACUGACAAAAAAACUUGGUAAGAUUAUGAUAUUGCAGUUCAGCGAGGCUCAUGUUUUAUGCAGCAACGUGAUCAUGCGAGUAUUUUACGAAUGUUACAACAAGCCUUACAUUUUUAUACAUUUAAUGUAGCAUGGUUCUGUUUAUUGGUGAUAAAUAAGAAGCUGAAGGACAGCCCUUUUAGGUUUCUUUAAAAAUAUAUUUUUUUAAUUUAUGCACUGCUACAUGCAUAUUCACGAGAGAAAUCGAAAGAGGAUUUUGUAAAUUUAGACCCGAGAUGACCAAGCUUGGCACGCAGUUUCCCUACGAUGUUUUGUGUUUGUUUUACAAAAAACAGAAAAAAAGUAAAUAUAUAUACAUAUAUAAAUAUAUAUAUGUAUUGUAUUUUUGUUUAGUUUUUGUCACUGAUGAAAUGUGCCUUGUAACCCGUACUGCCUUACAAACCAGGAAAGGUUUACCUUACAAUGUGAAAAUGACUGAAUAAAUCUUAUCGUCUAUUUUUACAUCA